UGAUGGAUCCCGUUCUGUUGCAACACCAUUUCAUUUAUCAUGGCUUGCUUCGCUGGAAUUUCUUAAGCAUUUCAAGGGAAAGGUUGCACUAUUUCAUUUGCAUGAUUUAUGUUUUUUUCUUUCAAUGACAAACUGCCCUUCACUGGCUCAUCCAUUCCAUGUUUUAGGUUGAAUUUCCAGAAUUUGUUCAGAAGAAGAUUGAGUUCCGGCUGUUGCUGCAGUCUUGCAAUAAGGAACAUGUACCUCUUGAUUGCCUUCAGGUUUGUGCAGUACUAUACAAUUACUCGAAUAUAUUGUGUUGAUCAGCUAAAUAGGCGAUAUUCCAGCUUUCAAUUUAUGUGCACAAGGGAGAUGGGAAGUAAGGUAUCACAUUGCCAUCAAUGUUUAUUUUUUCAGCAGUAUCAGCAAUAUGAUACCUUACUUCCCAUUACUCCUCCAAGCAGUGUUGUAAAAGUUACAUAAUUUUUGCAACUAUAGAGUUAUAUCAUAAGAAAAGUAACUAGUUACCGAUACAAGUGACAAUGGAAUAAAAGUUAUUUUGUAACUAUAGUUCUAUUUUUUCUCGUAUUGUGACUCAUCUGUGUCCCAUUUUCAAACCUGUGAUCGAUUGGGUCAUCUACCUAUACUAUCCAGGCUCGUGGUUAGUUGAUUAUAACAAAGACAAUAAAAUUAUAGAACUCGUCUUUCUAAGAACGAGUCACGAACAAUGAAUGUCAAUGAUAAUUUAGCCAAUCACAAAACAUGAGCAUUUUAGGUAGGUCUUUACCCGAUCGAUUUAGUCUGAAAAUCCAAGUAGGACGGUAGGACGGUUGCCUGGCUAAAUUUCUGUUUCAUGCCCAGUUUAAUCUUCAGGGAUUGAUAGAUGCAAAUUUCGUGUGGAAUUUUUAUACAUUUAUUAGGCCUAGCUAACCAUGAGCAGCAGUUGUUGUUGGAGCUCGACAACAUGCUUUAUCCACCUACAAGCACUUGUGGAUGGAGCUCGACAACUGGCCUCUGAGCUCAUGCAGUUGAUUAGAGCGAUGCACCGGAAUCGCAGGUUCGGCCGGUUCCUGCCAGAGAGCCUGCCAUUUAUCACCACCGCUCCUGGUUAGGUCUAAUAGAUGUAUAAAAAUUCCACUCAAAACUUCAUAAAAUCCCUUUCAACCAUAGACGGAUUUUCAUAUUUUUUACUGGGGUGGUGCCAGAAAUCUUAGGGGGGCGAGCCGUGAGCAGGUGACUGAAGCAACACGAAGUGUCACCAAACCCCAGUAAGAUCUAUAUUCUAGGGGUGGAGCACUAGAGCCACGAGGGGAAGUCUAGAGAGCAGGAAACAAAGUAUCCCUGGAAAAAUUUGAAAAAAAUCAUGAUUUCUAGCUUUGAAAAAACGUUUUUUGAAGUUAUCAUAUCAAUGGAUUUGGCAUGUCCGUUUGUCUGUCGAGACUUGAGAGAGUUAAAGUUAAAUGAACCUGUAAAAGUGUAAACCCAAUAGGCCAAUACACAACAUGCUUUUACUUUUAUAAAGUCACUGACAUUGUGUCAUUUGAAUCCGAGUACAAUUUAUGAUGCAACUCCGAUGUAAAUAAUAUUUGGGGUGUAAAGAUUAAAUCUAGGCAAGUCUAUUUCCUAAAAGAAUUAAAAACUAAAAAUAAUGUUCGUAAAAAUUCCAAACGUUCCUUGCAAGCAAGCUAUUUGCAUGACAAGGCACUGCAAACUCUAUUCAGGGGAGAUAAUAGAGUUUCAAAACUUUACAAUUGCUCCAAUAAAUUGCUCCAAAACUUUACAAUUGCUCAAAUGAUUUAAUAGUUUCAGAGUGUUGCACUGUCUUUUUCUGUUCCAGUGUACUCCUACGUUUAUUUUGUAUCAUCAAGACUCUGCACGUUGGAGCUAGUGGACUAUUUAAUUAUUUUUAUUAUGCCGAAUAUUGGGGGCGGGGGAAAAGGCUCUGGUACCCAGGGUAGGGGUUAAACAUUUUUUUGGAGUGGUGGACAUUUUGUUUUGGGGGUUAUAGCUAAUAUUGGGGACACCUGCACCACAAAAAUCCGUCUAUGCUUUCAACAAUUAGUUAUAUCUAGAGAGAUGCGCAAAAUUCUGAUAUUUGUACAUGCAUUUACCGAUACUUGUAUUUGUAAGUAAACAUUCUUUGCUAUGAUCGAUCGCAAAUUCUACGCAAUUAGCCUGGAAGUCGUUAGGCGUACUGAGCAGGGUGCGAUAAUUCGCGUACCAACAUACUGGAGGUACGCCAAAAUUACGAUUGACCUGGUACUUCUUCGUUUUUAGCUGAGUACCACGUAGGUACACGAGAAUUUGCUAUUCGCGUCCUUACAUUUUCCUUCUAGCAAUAACUAGCAAACCUUCCAAGGUAUUCAAAACCGUCAGUAACGUUAGCUGUACAUGCAAAUUCCACACAUCCAACAUAUUUUCGGAUCGAACAAGGUUGUUAACUUUGUUAUCUGUGUUUUUGGCGUUUACGUAUAAUAGACGCUAUAUGCUAACUAAAUGAAUAAAUGUGGAGAGUUUUAUGUGUGACAUAUUGCGAACUAGUAAACGUAUUUAUUUAAAAAUAUAUAAUAAUAAAAUUCAGAAAGGUUUGAUUAAGACCGUGCAUUAUAUACGUAAGACUCUGAAGUAGCCUUAGGUACACCUUGACUCUUAAGUUUGUACCAGCUCAAGUACUCGGCAAAAAUUGUUGGAGUACCAGUCAGGUACGGCUAAAAAUAUUGAACUAUCGCACCCUGGUACUGAAUAUUCCGAGAAUUAUGCCGUAUGCCUCUCAAUUUCUUACUGUGUGUCUUUAAUUUUAUUCAAGGAUUUGGAUUAUUAUCACUCGAAAAUUGUGGAAGACAGUCGAUCAAAUAUUCUUGAAACCGUCCCUGACGUCAGCAUGGCCUGGAUAAAUCCUUUAAAAACCCUAAUUCGUAACCAGCCUCGACAUGCUCAUGCAAUAAUACAUUGCCUGAUUGUCUCAGAUGCAAGAUUUACAAGCAAUAAUCUCUUCUUUUAUAACUUGUACUUGGACCGACUUAAAGAUCAGUUACACGGGUUAACCACAUUGGAAAAUACUUUGAAGAGAAUGACCGAUUUAGGUGAAUUGGACAAAGGUGCUGAAAAUAUAUUAAGGAGAUACAGCUCGUGUUGUAAAAGCGUACAUGAGAUGUUGGCCGCAAUGGAUGUACAGUCACUCACGGCGCAGUCAGAAAUUGAUGAAACUUUAAUGAACCUGUUAUAUAAAGUGCAAAACAAUCCUUCGGGAAGUUUCGCAAAAGGUUCGCUUUAUUCAGCCCUGCUUGCUCAUCCUUCGUUGUGUUUAUUCAAACGUUUCUCUGACAUCGAAACUGAGUACGAACUUGGCAAUAGUUUCAAGAGUUUAUCAGAGGUUUCACCUUCUCCGAAGUUUUUUGUUCCAUCGGAAAGUUUAUUGACAAGAACAUGUGAUAAAGAUCGCCACAGUGCCUGGAAAUUGUUAUAUUUGUAUGCAAGAGAAGAUCAUCACAUUUUGGAAGAUGUUGUAGUGAGUAAUGCAAAUUUUAAUCACCCUAUGCAUAAUACUUACAAUAGCAUAAAAACCCCGAUUUUUUUGGGAGCUAUAUAGAGAAAUGCGCGCGGGUGGAGGAAAGGGCGGGCGUGAAAAAACAUCCACCGGUUUUCCAUACAUUUUUCUCUGCCGCCCAUUUUAAUACAAUAAGUUAAUUCAAAAUUGACAUGGAAUCAAUAUCUGGGUGUUCGGUCUAUAUUAUCUAUGGGUGGUCAUAAUGAGGCUCUCGUAUGACGCACUUGACGCUCAAACUUAAAUUUGGGAACUUUGAGAAAACCUCAUGCGUUGCAAAGGUUUCUUAAGUUUUCAAACCACGAUAAAACUACAAUCAAACUUUUGCGAGCAACUUUGCAAUAGUGAGCCACAACGUUGCAAUGUUGAUGUACAAAUUGCUCGGAGCAAAUUGGAACUGUUUUGGACAAGUUGCCGCCAAGAAGCUACAAUAUUUUUCGUCGGCCAACUACUUGUACAAGAUUUAUAAAAUUCUUAUUGGAAAAUGUAACUGUUAUUCAAUUUUUUGCAGUAUUUGAGAUGAUUUAUUAUAAAUUUCAAAUAAAUUUGACAUAGUAUUAAGACUAUAUUAAUUGCUCCAGGUUUGUUACAGGAAGCCAUUUACGUUGUGAAAUAAUUCCUCAAAACCUCGUUGUUUGGCAAUCGUACUACUACUAGGACUGGAUCAAAAUUAAUUCAGUCUUUGGAAUGCAUCAAAAUUAAUUCGCGUCACUUUAAGUAGUGAUUUAUUCGUAUGAGAUGUCAUUUCAAAUCUUCCAAUUCGGACUAGAUUAGAUUUCAAGUCUUCGCAUUUUCAUCCAGUCCUCUGCCUCGCCUCGGACACAGAGUAGAUACAUAUACAGAGUUAUAACUAGUGUACACACUUUUGUGCGCAUGCUCAGCGAGUUACUAGAUGCAUGCAUCCCAUUGGAUGAAACUGCUCGCGUAACUUGCUGUGCACGCGCAGUUGAUCAUUUUUUGCCAAAUUGCCUGAAAAAACGUGGUACAUGAAAACGUAAGUUUUCGCAGUGUUUACGACGACCAGUUACACCUCUGUAUGUAUCUACUCUGUGUCUCGGACUUGAUCAAAUUGCGCGGACUUUAUAACAAACGUACUUGCAGGGAGGUGAGUCCGGGAUUGGACGCACCGAGGGUGGCUGGAAGUUUCCCGAACUUACCGAGCGAAGCGAGGUGAGUUCGGGAAACUUCCAGCCACCCGAGGUGCGUCCAAUCCCGGACUCACCGAACCUGCAAGUACGUUUGGUUUUUAUCCCAUACACCGAGCCAUACACACAUUUGUAGCUCUUCGCGAUAUAUUCGUCGAUGUUUUGUGAACAUUUUCCCGGCCAAAAAAAUAACUGGGCAAGAAAAUACUUCUUUAUCUACGUCUACAUUACCUUUACUGCAUUUUUUCUUUGGUUUUUCUUCAGUCUCAGUAUGUUAGUCACCGAAAAAAGUUCUUUAAAGUUUAGGUUUAUCGGCUAAAUCUUGUCCGCCAUAUUGGUUAUUGUUAUUGCAACGUAAGCAGUUUAGCGGGUGAGUUCGGGCGAAAAGCAGGUGAGUUCGGCAAAAAGCAGGUGAGCUCGACGACAAGCUCACCUGCUCUAAACCAAUCAGAAAGCCGCUUUUAACACAGGUAUGGGAUAAGAAAUCUAGUCCGGUCCUCACACUCGGAUUUGAAAUAUUACUUCAGGUAUUUGUGUGUCUUUCACACCGCAGCUUAAAUAUAGCUUUACUCAGAUUUUUAUUUCUGUUCUUUAGACAACAUGUGUAGAAUUUGCUCAACAUGGUGACCUGGACAAGGUUAUAGAAAUAUUGUCUUGUGAGGAAUUUUCUCCACUAAAAGUGUUAGUAUUGCUCUUGGCGUGGCCAUAUUGUCACACUUGUGACAGUGCUCAGACACUGCUGGAUAGUUUAUGGCACCGUGAGGUGAGUAUCGUAGCUUACAUUGUUUCUAAAAUAUCAUAAUGGCAAUGUUUUAAUGAAACGUCGAAUUAGUUUUGCUUAUAUUUUUCAGGUAGUUGUAUAUCCCAUACACUGCCGCUUUCCGUUAUAUAUGGUCUUUAGCUAGAUUGGCAGCGAUCUGUGUCAGUUUAGUGUUUUCUCCAGGUCCUCUGGUUUCCUGCCUUAAUGUACACUAACCUCGGAAACGUCGUCAAUAGACAAUUCCCAUUAUAGACUAAUUUUAAAACUAGGCAAGGAGAUGCGAAUAUAUCACCACAGCUAGAAAGAGCAUACAAAAAUGAGUAAAAUUGCAAAGUUUGCUCGCGAAAUGUUGUAUAAAUAUUUACAAAUAUCAUACAUACAUGAUCUAUACAAAUAAGGAAAUGCUAUUGGCGACCUUAAUUGUACGUAAUUCCAUGCGUCUGUCCUCUAAUAGAUCAUGGGUUUCGACCAAUGAAAGCGCUUGAAUUCUUAACGUUAGAUAACAAACCCUAACCCUAACUACAUACAAACUAGGAAAAUAUUUUUUUGUUUCUGAAAUAUAUUAUAAAGACAUUUCAGGGAAGCUUUGUUGACGGUCGACACAAUUUUUCUCAUCAGUGAGUUCAAAAGUGAAAUCUAUAUAUACUGUUUUUUUUUCUAUAGAGAUCUUCUAAACACGUCCUUCUCGACCAAGCAUGUGCGAAACUGGAAUAUCAAUUGCAUCUUGUGAAAUGGUGUUUAGAUAAAGCAAA